AUGCGGACGUUGGUGGACUACGCGGAGUCGGCGCCGGAUUUGGACCGCUUCGCGCGCCUGCUCGACUGCAUCGGCGCGCGCGCCUACGCCGCCAAGGUGCGGAGCCGCAUCGACACGCUCCAGCAGCGCGACCGGGACCGCCACCUCUGGUCCCACGAGGCCGCGGACUACGGCGCCGCGCUCUGCGUCUCCGACGGCGGCGCGGACGUCGGCGAGCGCGUCCGGCGCAUCGAGGCGGACCUCGCGAGCUUGGAGGGCAUGGAGAUCCCGGCGAAAAGAGCGCGGCUGGACUGCCUCCACGACCUCGCGCUGCUCCACCGGGCCGCGCGGCGCUUCGACGACGCGCGGGCCUAUUUUUCCAAGGCGCUGGACGCCGCGGACGCGUGCGGCGGGCCCGCGCGCGGCGUCGUCCGCACGGACUGGGCGGGCCUGCUCCAGGACCGCGGCGACGACGACGGCGCGCUGGAGGCGUACCGCGCCGCGCUGGACGUCUAUGUGGAAACCUUCGGCGCCGGGGACAAGCUCUGCGCGACGCCGCUGGCGAACCUCGCGCGCGCGUUGGCGAACGUCGGCGACUACGUCGCCGCCGGGGCAGCACAAGAGAGCGAAAUUCCCAACUUCAAAGGCUCCGAUCUCGGCCAUUUUCCACUCGUCGCCGCGGUGGACCGCUACGCCGCGUGCCUCGUGAUCCGCGAGCGCGUCUUCGGGCCGGACCACGGGUCGGCCCUCGCGGCCCUCGCCGCUUUGGGCCGCGCGCGGCGCCUCGCGGGCGACGCCGCCGGCGCCGAGGACUGCGCGCGGCGCGGCGUCGCGCUGCGGAACGCCGGCGGCCCGUCGCCGGACGCGACGCUGGGCUUCCUGCGCCUCGCGCGCCUCCUCGAGGCCAAGGGCGAGGCCGCCGAGGCGCUGGUCUACUUCGAGCGGGCCCUCGCGGCGUUCGAGGCCGUGCUCGGCGCGGACCACGAGGACGUCGGCAGCGUAUUGAACGACGCCGCGCGGUGCCGCCGCGACGCGCGCGACUACGGCGCGGCGACGAAGCUGCUGGAGCGGCGCGCGGCGGCCGCGGACCGCGACCGGCCCGGCGACGUCGACGGCGCCGCGCCGUUGAACAACCUCGCGCUCGCGCUGGAGCUCGCGGGCGACGCGGCCGGCGCCGAGGCGGCGCUGCGGCGCGCGCUCGCCCGCUGCGAGGCGCCGCUCGGGCCGCGGCACCCGCGCGUGCGCACGCUCUUCGCGAACCUGGCGCACGUGCUGCUCUCGUCGGACGCGCCGGGCGUCGAGGACGCGCUCAACGAUUUAGGCGAGACGCUGCGGGCCGCGGGGCUCUACGAGGCCGCGGAGCCGGUCUACCGGCGGUCCGUCGCGGUCUGCGAGAAGCGGCGCGGCCGCGACUCGCUCGAGGUGACGCCGAAGCUCAACAAUCUGGCGCUGCUCCUGCAGCACAUGGGCCGCCACGGCGACGAGGCCGAGGCGCUGUCGGCGCCGGCGCUCGCGCGGUGCCUGACGAUCCACGAGCGCGUCUUCGGGCCGGACCACAUCGACGUCGCCGCGCCGCUGAACAACCUGGCGAUUUUGCUGCAGGCGCGCGGCCGGGCAGGAAAAGAGAGCGAAAUUCCCAAUUUCAAAGGCUCCUAUCUCGGCCGUUUUCCACUCGCGCGCGGCCGCCACUCGGACGCGGAGCCGAAGAUCCGGCGGUCGCUGGCUGUGUCGCUGGCGCUGGUGGAGGCGCGCUUCGGCGCGGACCACGGCCACGCGGCGACGCUCCGGGGCAACCUCGCGGCGCUCGUCGAGGACCGGCGCGCGGCGGACGCCGCGCGCGCGGACCGCGACACGUCCGACGACGACUCCGACGGCUCCGGCGGCGGCUCCGACGGCGGCGCCGCCGCGGAGGCCGCGAGCCGCGCCGCGCCGACGCCGCCGAACAGCCCGAGCGACGCGGCCGAGGAGGUCGCGAGCUGCGCCGCGCCGACGCCGCCGAACAGCCCGAGCGACACCGAGGCCGCGGCGGCGCGGCACCCGGAGCCCCCGGAGCCCGCGAGCCCCGCGCGGCGGCAGAACCCGGUCUGGGGCUCGCGGCCGCGGCCGUCCAUCGACACGCAGGCCGUCGUCCUCGAGUCGCGGCUCCGCGAGAAGACGCUGCUGGCCGCCGAGCGGGAGCGGGACGCGCGCGACGCGAAGACGGCGGCGACGACGCUCGCCGCGGACGUCGCGCGGCUCGAGCGCGAGAAGGCGGAGCUCGAGAUCCGGUGCAAGGACGCGGAGCUGAGCCCCAAGGUCGUCAAGAUGCAGAAGCGGAACGAGCAGCUCGGCGCCCACGUCCGGGACCUCGCCGAGGCGCUCGAGGCGUCGACGCGCGAGCGCGAGGACCUCGCCGCGCGCGUCGACGGGGCCGCGGCGGCCGCCGCGGCGGCGGCGGCGUCGGCGGCGUCGACGCCGGCGGCCGAGGCGCCGUCCGACGCGGGCGCGGCCGUCGCGGCGUGGGCCGAGGCCGAGCUCGGGUGCGCGCCGGACGACGCGCGGCGGCUCGGCCGCCGCUGCGCGGAGGCCUUCGGCGCGACGCGGGGCGACGAUCUGCUGGACGGCGACGUCUUCGGCGACCUCCGCGAGCUCGAGGCCCACGGCUUGAAGGCCGUGCCCGCGAAGCGCCUCGCGGCGAAGCGCGCGGCGCGCCGCGACGCCGACGCCGCGGCGGGCGACAUCGCGUCCUGGCUCGCGCGGGAGCUCGGCGUGCGCGCGGGCGACGCGGCGACGCUCGGUGCCUUCCUCGCGCGCGCGGGCGCGACGUCCGGCGCGGAGCUGCUCGACGCGGACCUCUUCGACGACCUCGAAGCGCUCGAGGCGCACGGCCUGCGGCCCGUGCCCCGGAAGAAGCUCCUGCGGAAGCGCAGAACGGCGGCGAACCGCGCGUCCUUCGCCGAGGACCUCGCGCGCGCCGCGGACCGCUGCGACCGCGCCGAGGCCCACGCGGCGCGCCUCGACCGGGACCGCGCGGCGCUCCGGGACCGCGUCGCCGCGCGCGAGGCCGCCGUGCCCGCCGCGUGGCACCGGGCCCUCGCCGAGCACCGCCCGCGCGCGCGGAGCCAGGUCGACGUCGACGGCGACCGCGAGGGCUUCGACGCGUCCGCGGGCGCCGCGGACUACGACGCGUUCGCCAACGACACGCCCGUGCGCACCUACGACCUCUCGAACGCGCGCGGCGGCGACGACGACGGGCCCAUGUCCGACGCCGAGGAGGCGUCCUACCAGGACGCGCUCCUCGGCAUCUGCAUGGACCUGCCCAUGCUGCGCGGCCGCAAGGCGUCCUAA